AUGCGGGAUGCUGGCCAAGUCGAGGUGGGAGAGGACGUCCACGCCUCCCCAUUGGUGGAGGAGUGGGUCAACCCCCUCUACACCACGACUGCUGACGACGAGGAAGCUGCCCGCGAGGCGGACGACGAGGACUGUGGGGACAUGCCCGCGGCAGAGGAUGACAUGGAGGAGGAGGAGGAGGAGGAGGAGGAGGAGGAGGAGGAAGAGGAGGAGGAGGAGGAGGAGGAGGAGGAGGAGGAGGAGGAGGAGGAGGAGGAGGAGGAGGAGGAGGAGGAGGAGGCGGAGGCGGAGGCGGAGGAGGAGGAGGCGGAGGCGGAGGAGGAGGAGGAGGAGAUCGAGGGGGAGGCAGAGUGGGGAGAUGUGGAGGAGGAUGAUGUCAGGCUGAAGGGAAGGGGGGAAGAAGGGAAGGGGAUGGAGGGAAGCAGGGAAGGGGAUGGGGGGAAGGAGGGAAGGGGAUGGGGAGAAGGAGGGAAGGGGAUGGGGGGAAGCAGGGAAGGGGAUGGGGGGAAGCAGGGAAGGGGAUGGGGGGAAGCAGGGAAGGGGAUGGGGGGAAGCAAGGAAGGGGAUGGGGGGAAGCAGGGAAGGGGAUGGGGGGAAGCAGGGAAGGGGAUGGGGGGAAGCAGGGAAGGGGAUAAGGGGAAGCAGGGAAGGGGAUGGGGGGAAGCAGGGAAGGGGAUGGGGGGAAGCAGGGAAGGGGAUGGGGGGAAGCAGGGAAGGGGAUGGGGGGAAGCAAGGAAGGGGAUGGGGGGAAGCAGGGAAGGGGAUGGGGGGAAGCAGGGAAGGGGAUGGGGGGAAGCAGGGAAGGGGAUAAGGGGAAGCAGGGAAGGGGAUGGGGGGAAGCAGGGAAGGGGAUGGGGGGAAGCAGGGAAGGGGAUGGGAGGAAGCAGGGAAGGGGAUGAGGGGAAGCAGGGAAGGCGAUGGGGGGAAGCAGGGAAGGGGAUAGGGGGAAGCAGGGAAAGGGAAGGGGGAAAGAAGGGAAGGGGAUGGGGGGAAGCAGGGAAGGGGAUGGGGGGAAGGAGGGAAGGGGAUGGGGGGAAGGAGGGAAGCAGAAGGGGGGAAGCAGGGAAGGGGAACCCGCUGAAGCAGAGAAGGGGAUGGGGGGAAGGAGGGAAGGGGAUGGGGGGAAGCAGGGAAGGGGAUGGGGGGAAUGAGGGAAGGGGAUGGGGGGAAGAAGGGAAGGGGAUGAGGGGGAACAGCGAAAGGGACAUGGGGAAGCAGGGAAGGGGACAUGGGGAAGCAGGGAAGGGGACAUGGGGAAGCAGGGCAGGGGAUGGGGGAAUAUGA